GGAAAACAACGUGUACAACGCCUAGAAAGCUGGUCCUGACUGAUCUGGCGUAUACGAAGGUUACUCUUCUUUUCAAGCAACAGGUUCACUUGUAAUCUCGAAAAUCAUGAUUUCGUUCAAAACAGGGUCUUGAGUAUUAAAGUGUCCGAAGUUCGUUGUAUAUAGAUCCGAUGGCAAGGCCAACAUAGAUUCUUAGAAAGAGGAAAAUCACUACAUGUAUAGCUGCGCUGACGUUGGUUUCUUUCCAAUUGAAUUCGGGCAAAUCAGUACGAUUCGUCACAUUCAAUACUAAUAUUUUGCAAAUCGCUUAUUUCACGACGUUUCGUACACAAACUCUAUAACCAUGGCGACCUCCAACAAACCAGAUCCUCGAUUCGACGGCCAAGUAUUGACCUACAAACCCGAAUCAAUCAUAGUAGCAGUAGAAACCUACUACAAAGCCCUAAGCAAGCUUCCCUAUGUCGAAGAAUCUGACAUUAUCUCCCCUCCCACAUCUGGCUGGCCGAAUAUCACAGAAUCCAACUUCGCACCGCUAGAGAAGACUAAUACUGUGAUUGACCUCCUCAAGCACCUUCCAUAUCUGCAGAAUCCAGACAAGGAUAAAGGCUAUACGAUCGCGUUUGGGACAUUUCCCAUUAAUUACACUGCUGCACCAUUCAGAGAGCCGAUUGAUAUACAGGAGGCGAAGAAUUUCAAGCCUGACCUUGCCUGGCCAGAAGAUGCAGUCAAAGGCUGGGUUAUCCCCUUGACGAUGAGUGAGGACAACUAUUGGGGGAAUUGGUGGCUGCUCGAUACUACUGAUGGCACUGUGACAGAUUGGGCACACAACAACUCUACCGAAACGGAUGUCGACUACGCCCCCGAUGACCCAAGAUCAUGGCGCAAUACAUGUGGUGAGACGAAGAAGCUUGAGGAUCUCUUGGCUGAAUGGAGAAGCAAGUUUGAAAGCUUGCAUUGGGUUGCCUUCACAGAUCCCACUGGGAGGGAGAAGGUCUGGAAUGAUGAAGAUAUACAGAGAGAUGAGGAUACGGAGCACUGUGAGGAGCUGCAAGCUAUUAUCAAAAAACACGGAUGGCCUGAGGAUUUCAAGAGGCAGGAGUGUAAGGAAGCGUUGGAAAAGUGGAUGGAGGAUCAUCAGACCUAGGAGAAGAGCCAUUAGGUGCGCCUAAGUGUCUCGCAAUAUUUGAAACUCUUUCAUCGAUGAUUUUUUUUUCGUCUUGGAUAUCCUGUGAAUCAUAGAUGGAGGAUGAUCAGAGACAAAUGAGGAGAAUCAUGCGGAUAAUCUACGUUUUUGGUCAUAUUAUAGGCAGACCAAUCGAUGCUUUUCAACCA